GGGUAGUGGGGUAAAAAAAAAUCUUUCGCACAAUUCAACGCCUCGCUUUCCAGAAGAGCUUCAAAAAAAUACUUGAAACAAAUAUAGCUCAUAAUUGAAUAAUUCAUAAAAGAAAAAAAUUGCAAAAAAAAUGCAGCUUUGAUGGAUUCGAACCAUCAUUUAUCUUCAAUCUCCUGGCGGGACUGGGAAUCGAACCCAGAUUGAAACGGGCUUGUAUGUUACAACAGAUGUUAUACCACAACGUCACGUGCUACCAUUACACCAUCCCACCGCGUUUAGCGGAAGGAGACCAUAUAGGCUGGUCAAUUCGUGGCGGAUGGAUGAUUAAUCCACUUUAUGUACUUAGCUUGGGUGUCACAUGACGGCGCAAUUGGAUUUUGGGGGAUCACGUGUUUUCGAGUUUCCUGGACGCGUUUGGUUUGCUGGACGGAUUCGCGUUUGAUUGGGGCCACAAAUACGAUGGCAACUGUUCCAACUGCAGGAAGAUAAAUGAUGCCGCCGAGACCUAUUGUAUAACACCGGUGAUCAUUGUUGAAAGGUCGGUGAAGCUUCGGGGACUCUCCAAACUCAUUCAUUGUCUUCCUCCAACACCACUCCCCCCACCACCACCAACAAGACAAACACCCCGCCUCACCACCACAAUGCCUCGACCCUCCGAAAACCGCCUCGUCCUCCCCGUCUCAUUCGCACUCCUCGAAAACAUCAAAAUCUACUUCGAAGAGAACCUCCCAAACGACGCCCUCGACCUCCUCCAACACCUCGUCAUCUCCGGCAAACGAACCACCGCUCCCCCCGGCAGCAGGCGUAACUCCGUCCUCCCCCCAGCGUCGUAUCUAGAUCUCAUCUCCACCCUCCCCAUCCACCCGCGCCACACCACGUACACGAAGUCGCGCGAUGAUCACCAGGCCGCUAUAAAUGCUAUUGGCUACCUGCAACUCCUCCCCGCGCUGGUAAGCGUCAAGGAUUCCGGGAUGGGACAAGCUUUCCGCUUCGAGGAGGGGAGAUCGGCGGAAAGCCAGCGCUGGGAGAGGGGAACGAAGAGGAAGGCUAUGGUUGCGCUUGGGGGGGCGGAGGCGGUUGCGUUCGACGAUGAUGUUAUUAACCACCCCAUAGCGCGGGAUAGUGUCUGGACCCAAGCGAAGGAUUUCUGGCAUGUAGUAGGGUGGGCGAUUAAUUGUGCCGUUUGGCACCGGAGGAGGUGGGAGUAUUGGCAGCUGUGGUUGGAGUUUAUGAUGUUGGUAAUGGAGAGGGAUUUGGAGGAGAGGAUUGCCCUGCGUGAUGCGGGUGAUGAAGGGGAGGGAGGGAGGCUGGAGGAGUCGAUUCUGGGAAGGUUCCUGUUGCUUAAUGAGCCUGGGGAGGGGAGGCAGGUGUGGAAGAGGGCUGCGAAGGCGAUUUUUGCGGAUGGUGAGGAGAGGGCUAUGAAUGAGUUCCCUCCGGUUUGGAGGGAGGAGACGAAGGUACUCAAAGACGACGAUAUGGAAAUGUAUAAAGCGCCGUCGAUAUACAGCGACGUCAAGGACCCGUCCAAAGAUUGGCUCAGUCGCACCGGUCCAGGAGUGCGAGACCUCCGCAUCCGCCUCAUAACUCUUCCGUCCCACGUUGCAGAGCGAAUAAUGGAGCGCGCUCACAAUCACAUGCUAGCGCCUGACGAACGACCUCCCUCUUACACCCCGUCUGCGUCGCAUCACCCUCUGAACAUGCAACUAUCAGAAGCACCGGCUCCUGAGAUAUCGUCGGCAGGCAAUGACCGCGGCAACGCACACGGCUCCAUGUCGCAAGAAGAAUCGUUAUCUCGACCGGCCGAGCCGCCUGUCGAGCCGCCCGUCGAGACGACUGUAGAACCACCGCCUGUCGAGGAGACAUCGCAGCCCAUGGCGACCGCUACGACGACGACGACGACUGUGUGGCCUUCCUCGAAUCCAUUCGUUUCAUACUACCGCCCGCCUAAUGGCUCGCCCAGAAGUGCCCGAGGAGUGGACAGUCCUGGUGCUAUGGACCUUGAUGAUAGUCGUGGUGUCAGAGGUGGCAGUGUGCUCUCUAUUGAUGAUCCUGAUGUGCGCCUCGCUGCCGAAGCUCUGGGAGACCUUCGUGCCGACUUUGUGCAGUCCCCACCAUCUUCAUCUCGCUAUAAUAGACACCGCCGGAAUGUGUCAGGGCAGCCAGAGCCUCUACUCUCUCUUCUAACCACCUCGCACCCUCUGGUAGGGAGCACCAUCAACAACUCGAUCUCCGCCUACUCCGCCUCCAAGAACUACAGCCCGCGCUUCAAGUCGACAGCCGAAUAUGUCGAGCGUCGCUUCACACCUGUCGUCAAUAAAGUCGGCACAGUGGGUCGCCAUACAGGAAUCGAAGGCAGCGUGCGCUGGUUCCUAGGAGGGCGCAGACGUGCACACAAUCGCCAUUCUACAGCAACGACGAAAUCGACAGACGACAUGUCAAGCAAGCGCCGGAAGACGAGCGAGGACACCGAUAGGACAUGGCCCAUGCGCCACUCCACUCAAUCGUUAGGAGACGAACAGCAACUCCAGCACCGUGAGCGACGCAAUAGUGUCGCCAAUAGCCUAGCUUCGUCAUAUGUUGAGAGCCUACCUGCAUAUGAUGAAUACAAGAGCCCAAGCUAUGAGGCUUCGCAGACUACCUCGCUUGUUCGCUCCGAGGAGAACGAUGCCCCAGGCUCACCAUCAUCCUGGCAAUCGCGCCUUAUCAUGUCCACAUCCGGCCUCAGCAUCGCCAUGUCCGUCGAGUCCCUCCGCUCCCUCAAAUACUGCCUCGGUCUCCUCCGCUGGGCAAACGAACACAUCGGAAAGAGCGUCACCACACUAAAAGAGACUCUCGAGGACUGCAACAGCAAGACCGCAACCCCCAUUGCCGGAUCCUCAUCCGCUACCGAGGGCCAGAACGUCGAAGAUAUCUUCGUCCUAGACUCCGAGAAAGACCGAGAAGUCCUGACCCAGAAAAUCGCCGAGCUAAAAUACGACGUCCUCAAAACCCUGAAGGACGUCGUCGACGUCGUUUCCAAAUACGCCGGCGGUGCUCUCCCUGAAAAUGCACGCGUCCUCGUCCGCAGCCACCUCACCAGUCUCCCCCAACGCUUCAAAAUGGCUAGCACUAGCACACCACCCGACACCGACGACGCGACGGCGAAGGCGGACUGGGAGAUACGCGAAGGCGCGAAGAGGGUCAUGGUCCUCGCUAAGGAGGGGCUGGAUAUGAUGACGCAAGUCAGCGGCGUGUUGGACGGGACGAUCGUCAGCGCGGAGGAGUGGUGCGAGCGCCUAGGAAAGAAAACGUAUUCCGAGGAGACGGCAGAGGAUAUUCUCAAGGAGGGCAUCGUGAAGCCGCCGGUAGAUGGGCAGCAGCAGACGCCGGAGGUGUUUGCGGAUGGGGAUUAUAGGAUGGUGGGACAGGCUCUGUGA